AUGCAGAUCUACCAGCUUCUUCUCGCAACUGGACUCUUUGCCUCCUCUAUCUUUGCUGCCCCUGUCGCCAGCUCUGAUUGGACCGUUCGAAGUAUGAAGCGCGUCUGCAACGACGAAAACACUUCAUGCACCUGGACCUUUGGCAUCGACCCCGGUUCAGAGAUUACCGACUGUACCUAUGUCGUGGAAGCCGACGACGCCUCUCAUGCUAAUGGAGGCCCUAGCCCAUGUGGCAAAUACUCCAUCAGCUCAGGCUGGAGCGGCCAGUUUGACCCUACCAAUGGCUUCACUACCUUGUCGAUUGUAAACAAUGAAAUUUCCCAGAUUAUCUGGGCCGGCUACACCGACGAGCAGCUUGAAGGCGGAAAUGUCGUCGAGCCCGAUCAGAGCUAUCCUCCCUCUCCUGUCUGA